AUGGAAUCUGAAGAGGAGAGGAUACGCAAAAUCAAAGGAAAAGCCAUCGCCACAGACACACCUCCCCACGACGCAAUGAAUGACAUGCCCAUCAUGUUGGCGCAUCGAAGCACAAAACUCACCAUUUCUGAAAAAGCUACCGAUCCCCCCCCACAGCUUAGCUCUCGACAUGGCCAAAGGUAUGUAUCCUCAUCUGCGGAACUUAGGAAAAAACCUUUGGAGCUAGUAGAGGGCCUAGAUCAGGAUUUAGAUAAGCCUUUAUCAGAGAAAGAAAACACUGAGGUAGAUAGGCUGGUCUUAGAAACGAAACGUUUAGAGAUGGAUGAGAAUAUGAUUGACUUUGAAAAUGAUGAUCUCCUCGGAGAUAGUCCUGAUUUUGAUGCAGAGAAGAUAGAAGCAAUCUUCCAGCUAUCUCCAGCAAAUUCUGAGCGCUCAACUGUGGCCUCUGAUACCCAACGUCACGCCUCAGCUAAGGCUCCUGCGCCUGAGCCACCACGAGUACAAGAAACCGAAGCUAUGCCAAGCGAGUAUGUACCAAAAGGCUUGCUCAAGAAGAAGACCUCGAGAUCUCCUGAUGAAAAAGGAACAAAUGCUUAA